CCCGCGCGGCGCGGGUAGUGGUGGAGCGGCGGCGCCGCGUCCCGCAUCGCGCAUCGCCGCCGGUGCGCACGGGGCCGCCCGCAUGGUGGACAUCCUCCUGCCGCGGCCGCUCCCGAGCGCCAUGGGGGAGCCCGCUAAGAGACGGCCGGGGCUGGCGCUGUGCGCGGGCUGCGGGGGCCGCAUCCAGGACCCGUUUCUGCUGCGGGUGUCUCCGGACCUGGAGUGGCACGUCGCCUGCCUCAAGUGCGCCGAGUGCGGGCAGCCGCUGGACGAGACCUGCACGUGCUUCCUGCGGGACGGCAAGGCCUACUGCAAGCGGGACUACGGCAGGCUCUUCGGCAUCAAGUGCGCGCAGUGCCGGGCGGCGUUCAGCAGCAGCGACCUGGUGAUGCGCGCCCGCGACCACGUCUAUCACCUGGAGUGCUUCCGCUGCGCCGCCUGCGGCCGCCAGCUGCUGCCCGGGGAUCAGUUCUGCCUCCGGGAGCGCGACCUGCUCUGCCGCGCCGACCACGGGCCGCCCCCCGACGGCACCGCCGCCCGCGGGCCCCGCAGCCCCGCGCCGCCGCCCGCGCACCUCGCAGAGCCGGUGCCCGGACGGCCGCCCGGCCCGCGGCCGCAGUCGCACAAAGCGGCCGAGAAGACCACCCGCGUGCGGACGGUGCUGAACGAGAAGCAGCUGCACACGCUGCGGACCUGCUACGCCGCCAACCCGAGACCCGACGCCCUGAUGAAGGAGCAGCUGGUGGAGAUGACGGGGCUCAGCCCGCGCGUCAUCCGCGUCUGGUUCCAGAACAAGCGCUGCAAGGACAAGAAGAAGUCCAUCCUCAUGAAGCAGCUCCAGCAGCAGCAGCACAACGACAAGACGAGCCUGCAGGGCCUCACCGGGACGCCGCUGGUGGCCGGCAGCCCCGUCCGGCACGAGAGCGCCGUGCAGGGCAGCGCGGUGGAGGUGCAGACCUACCAGCCGCCCUGGAAGGCGCUCAGCGACUUCGCGCUGCAGAGCGACCUGGAGCCGCCCGCCGCCUUCCAGCAGCUGGUCUCGUUCUCCGAGUCCGGCUCUUUGGGCACGUCCUCCGGCAGCGACGUGACCUCGCUGUCCUCCCAGCUCCCCGACACCCCGAACAGCAUGGUGCCCAGCCCGGCCGAGACGUGAGGCCGCCCGGCCCCCGCCGCCGCGGGACCUCCGCAUGCCGCGCUCCCUGCAUGAGACACCCGGCCCCGCGCCGCGCCCAGCGCGCCGGACGAGCGCCUUUGUCUUUUAAUUAUCCCUAUUUAAAACCAAACCGAACGUACCUUGCCGACGGCCGAAAAGAGCCGGGAUUCUCGCUGCCUUCACCGAAACGGAGAGAGAAAGAGAGAGGAGAGCCCCCGCCCCGCUUAUUUCGUU